AUGAGUCAAACAUCUCUGAAACAGAAAAAGAAGAAUGAGACUGGAUCGAGGUACUCAAAAGACAGCCUAGAAGGAGACAAAUCUAGAAAGGACUCUGAGAAAUCAGUUCGUCUGACCACUCAGAUGAGGCGUGCAGUCAUACCGAAUCACUCGCUGAGAUGUUGCUCCAUGCGGGGUCACCCAUCGUGUAGACGCUGCCUUUGUGCAGCUGAGGGAAAAGUACUUCUUAGCCCCUGCCGCACAAUACGUAUUUAUAUUCACAUGUGCCUGUUGUGGGAGCAGGGCCGGCAGAUGACGGUGAUCAGGGGAUCACAAGAAUUAACUUUGCCGAAGUCAGACUCUCGAGGGUACGUAGUGCGAAAUCAGUGGUCUCGAACAUCACGGAGUCCAUCCACCAGACCUCCAUCAGCAGAGGAAUCCAGAAGCAAGAACACCAGUCUUAAGCUCCCCAAUAGCUCCACGACCUCCCGGACUUCAUCCACCUCCCCUAGCCAGCGAGACUCGCCGAAGCCACUGUCAGCGCAGCCCUCGCCACCCACGCAAAACAUGCCACUCGACUCACGGUCUCCCAUGUCCCCGGAGGCCCAGCUGCAGACCACGUCCCGGCGCACAACCAAGUCUGAGAAUCCUGACACCUGGUCUCACAGCUCGGGGCGGGAAAUCCGAGAGAGCCGGGAUAAGAGAGAGUCCCGGGACACGCGAGACAUGUCCCACUCCCGGGACUCGCACGAUUCCAGGGACAUGCACCAGCGGGAAUACUCGCGCACGCCUCCGUCCGAAUGGAAAUCCUAUACUCAGCGCAGGAUGCUCUACCCCUCUCAGAUGGACCACGACUGUGUGUCCGACCUGGCCAGGAAACGAGAGGAAGAGGAGGACGAGGACGAGGCCUACUGGGCGUCUGUGAGAACACUAUACGAGAAGACACCCAACUGCUCGCGCCCCAGGCCGCCCAAACCCAAGCAUGCCAUCACCGUGGCUGUGUCAUCCGGGGCACUCUUCAACAUGAUGGACAGCAGGAAAAUCUAUGAUGAAGAGGGUCUGGAGAAAUACAUGGAGUAUCAGCUUACCAAUGAGAAUGUCGUCUUGACCCCAGGGCCGGCCUUCCGCUUUGUCAAGGCACUGCAGUAUGUCAACUGUAGACUCCGUGAGCUGUAUCCUGACGAACAGGACUUAUUUGAUAUUGUACUGAUGACUAAUAACCAUGCCCAAGUGGGAGUGCGGCUUAUAAACAGCGUCAAUCACUAUGGAUUACUAAUUGACCGCUUCUGUCUGACUGGAGGAAAAAGCCCCAUUGGCUAUUUGAAGGCAUAUCUUACCAACUUGUAUGUUUCUGCGGAUUCUGAAAAAGUACUGGAAGCAAUACAAGAAGGGAUCGCCUCUGCAACAAUGUUUGAUGGCGCCAAGGACACGGCUUACUGUGACACACAGCUCCGUGUGGUCUUUGAUGGGGACGCUGUCCUCUUUUCUGAGGAGCCUGAACAUGGUACCAAGGAUCACGGGCUGGACAAAUGCUUCCAACAUGAAGCCCUAGCAGACAAUAAGCCUCUUGGCCAGGGUCCCUUGAAAGGCUUUAUGGAAGAUUUAGGCAGACUGCAAAAGAAGUUUUAUGCCAAAGAUGAACGGUUAUGUUGCCCUAUCCGGACCUACCUGGUCACAGCCAGAAGUGCAGCCAGUUCAGGCGCCCGUGUGCUGAAAACCCUUCGCCGCUGGGGUCUAGAGAUAGAUGAGGCUCUUUUCCUUGCUGGAGCCCCCAAAGGUCCCAUUUUGGCGAAGAUAAGGCCCCAUCUCUUCUUUGAUGAUCAUAUGUUCCACGUUGAAGGGGCACAGAAAUUCGGCACCACCACAGCUCAUGUACCUUAUGGAAUUAGUCAGAAGUGA